AGAAUAUAACAAUAUCACAACUUACUUAUUGUUAAAUACUAAACAAUAACGAAUAAAGACGACCUUCAAGUAGCUUGUAUCCAGAUCCACUGAAAAAAUGGCUUUGGUUGAAAAUAAAAAAAUUCUUGAAUUCUUGGAGUUAGUAGGCCGUUUAAAGCACGAGAAAAGAACAGGUUGGGUACUAUGUAACAUAAACGACUGCGAAUCCAUAGCGGGCCAUAUGUACCGCAUGGGUUUAAUGACAUUUUUACUCACCGAAGAAAACAAUCCAACCAAACUAGACCGAUUUAAAUGUUUACAAAUUGCUUUAGUACAUGAUCUGGCCGAAAGUAUUGUUGGAGAUAUAACACCACAUUGUGGAAUAUCUCCAGAGGAGAAGCACAGGAGAGAGGAUGAGGCAAUGAAAACUAUUGCAGAACUCACAGGUAUAGCAGGUGACAGAAUGUAUGAACUUUAUAAGGAGUAUGAGAAUCAAAGCUCACCCGAGGCCAAAUUUACAAAGGAUUUAGAUCGCUAUGAUAUGAUCCUUCAAGCUUAUGAAUAUGAGAAGAGAGAAAAUGCACCUAAAAAAUUGGAGGAAUUCUUUAAAGCGACAUAUGGAAAGUUUGACCAUCCUUUUAUUCAGGACUUGGCUAAAGAACUUUAUAAGCAGAGAGAGGAAUUUGAAAAGAAGGCUCUUGUAAAUGGCAAUGUAUAAGAAUAAUAAUUUCAUGUCAACUUUUCUUUACAUUACAAAUACUGCCAUAAGAAAGUCCUAUAUUUCUAGAUAUUUAAAGCCGUCUGUUGCUGUUUCAUUAUUGAGUUAUUCUAAGAACAAACAUAUUUUCUACCUCAACUUUUUAUUUAAAUUUAAGUCAAUAUUAUGUUAAAAUUGUACUAUUUUUUUUAUGUUUUGACAGGGCUGGUACCCCCAAUUGAGUUAGAGUUUAGUAUAUACCAGUUUUUUAAGUUACACUGUGACAUUACCCUGUGUAAUUUAUAAGUGAACUCUUAAAGAAGUUGUAACAUGUUUGAGACAAAGUAAUAUCAAAGAUAUUAGUGUUUAUUAUUACAGCAUAUUCAUUUGAUAUUGAAUAUUCUCAAUGUAUUAUUUUUGAUUUAUUGCUUGUGGUUAUGAUAUGCAUAGUUGCAAAAAUUUUGAAUAUAUCCCAAGAGUAUAAUAUAAAAAAAAAACUUUGUAAAUUUAAUGUAAACAUAGCAUAUGAUUUUGUAAUUAUUCAUGACUACAUGAUUAUAAUUAUCAUAGCUAUUUGAAUACCUAGAUAGUAUACCAAAAAGUCAUUGUUAUUGUGUAAUGAGCAUGACAGUAUUUAUGUGAUACACUGCACCCUGUGUUACAAUAUGUAUAUUCGGUAUAAGUUUUGCAAUAUUAUUAAGUUACUAUGUUUUGCAAUGUUUUUACAAAUAUUAUAUAUUUUUGAGAUAAUUGCCAAAUUAUCUAAAGCAAAGAAUUGUGAUUGAAAUAUGAUUAAGAAAGAUGAUUUUGUUAUUUUUUUUGAAUCACACAACUUUAUAUGUUCCUGGACAUAUACAUCUGAUAAUUCUAAAAUAUGAAUUUUCAAUCAGUAUGCUUUGUUCUAAAUUUUGUCACUGGAGAUAUCUCAAUUUGUAAUUGCUUGAUAAUAUUUCAUGUGAUAUUAAUAAAAAUUGUUUUUUUUAAACGAAUAUACAACAUUUUACUCAUAAACAUUAAAAAAAACUUCAACUAAAAUUACUUAAAUUAUUUUUACAUUAACACAAUUUUUUUUAAGCAACUCAAAAAUGGAUGGAUGUAUUUCCUAAUGGAUUUAGCACUACUAUUAAAUGUUUUUGUAAUUAAUUAAAUUUUAUAUUUCUUUUCAGUAUAUAUAACUUCCCAACUAUUCAUUAAAAUGUGAUAGAACCUGUUAUGAUAGCAUUGUUUAGCACCCGGUAUUAUGUUCAGUUGAUGAUGGUAAAGAUGAUUGAAAAGAAAAGUGUGCAUAAUGAAAAUUCUGUCAAUUUACUGAAAAAUUGCAACUUUCAUUGAAAGCAAAUAAUUACAAUGAUGUUUAUGACUUAACUAUUGUAUUUACAUUUCAUAAAGUAGUAUUAAAAGAUAUUUUUCUAGUAAAUCUUAAGUGAUUGAAAACAAUCCAAUGUCAUUUACAACAUGACAAGCACUCUGUUAUUAUAAUUAAAAAAUAAUACAUACUUACUAAUAUUAUUAUAUUUAUAAUUAGUAACAAAUAUAUUAGAUUACUAAGAUGUUGACUGGCAGUUUAUGUUAAUAGGAUCUUUAUCACACCAUUAGUUAAAUACAGAAAAACAAAUAAAUUAUUUUUCUUUUAAUAUUACCAGCAAUUUCUUACAUCAAACAAGUUAAUUAUUUAACUAAAACAAUAUUUAGACUUUAUAGAAUUUAUUAUUUUUUUGUAAAAUUGGGUAGUUGAAUAGUAUACAUACAAUUACUCUAUUCAGUCAAAUUAAGACCUCAUAAAUGCUAAAGAUAUUUGAAAUUACAUUGGUAUUUUUUAAUCAUCAUAAUGAUUCAAUCAAAGAACCAGAUAUUAUUUUAUAUACCUUACACAAACAUUUAACAACAAAGAAAAAAUCUAUAUAUAAAUUGGAUAUAUCAGGCAACAGGUGAACUUGCUGUUUUAUAUGCAGAUCUUUAUCAGAAUUCCGACUAUUUAUCUUCCAGCAUAAGAACUGAUUUGUAACAAACUUAUUGUUCAUGAUAUUCAGCAGUCAAUGAAUAUUAUCAUUAAUUAACAGCCUGUUUUGGUUUCACUCCCGUUUGUUCUUCUUUUUUUCUUUGUUUCUCUCUCAUUAAUUCGGCAUCCCUGAAAGAUUCAUACGAGUUGAAAAAUAGUUUUUUUUUU